UGACACAUGGGACUGUCAGCGAGCUACUCUACCAGCGCACGGUGGUGAUCAGGAGCGAUCGAGCUGAAAUAUAGAUAGUCGCAGUGAUCGCAGUGUUUAGCAGUGAGAUUUUGGAAAUAGGGGUUCGUUGUGUGUGUGUAGCUGUUUUGUUUUGGGCAAGUUUGCGCCUGUUAACUUGGUGAGGGCAGCCAGCCCUUGAGUGCGCGUCCUGCCGCAAUCCGGCGGGUGUUAAGAUCCAUGGAAGUAGUGGGUUUUUACGAAAGCCUCGCAUUCCAUAGUGGUUUCAGUCCCGUCCACGGCGGCGCGUAUAAACCCAGCACUGACGGCUCCAUGACGAAACUCGGCAUCUCCGAGCACGAAAAGGCGAUCGACGUAAGCAUCUACUUGGACACUGGGCUUCACUACCAGCAGCCGAUCCACAGCCAGGAGCUGUUCGGGGACUUCGGCGAGGACCCCAAGGCUAAGCGAGUCUCUGAGGCUUCCUACACGGAGGCGCACCGGAGCCAGCUGGGCUACCCGGAGCUGCAGGAGACUCGCCUGGACACCGUGUUCAGCCCCGAUUUCCUGGGCGCUUACGCGAAAAGUCAGUGGAGAGCCGACGAAGAGCCACGAAUGGACGGUUCAGGAGGUUUCGACAUGCGCUCGUAUCUGCAGUACCAGUCUGCCCCGAGUGGAAGUCUGGGCAAUAUCUCCAACGCAUCUUCUUCAUGCUCCAGUCCGCCCAGCACGCCCGCAACGCCCAGCAAAGCCAGAUCUCCGCAGCCCGGAGGAAAAAUGCCAUCAUCGGGCAAAGGAAAGAAGAGACUCGAGAAGGACAGCGAGGAGUACCGGCUCAGGCGGGAGCGCAACAAUCUGGCGGUGCGCAAAAGCAGAGACAAAGCAAAAGUGCGCAACAUGGAGACGCAGCACAAGGUUCUGGAGCUGGCGGCUGAAAACGAGCGCCUUCAGAAACGCGUGGAGCAGCUGUCAAGAGAGCUGACAACCCUGCGCAAUCUGCUUUCUGCAACCGGACAGUGCUAACACAGUGCUUUUUCCUAAAUGACUGCAAAUUUAUUUUCCAAAGAGUGAAUAAAAACGACGAACAUUUGAUCAAGAAUAUGUUUACAAAAGCGAAAGUGUGUGAGGGGGACUGGCGCCUGGAUUGCGCAACACACUCAUGCUUGAUGACUUUGUUGAGUACUUUGUUUCUCUGUACAGUAUUUUUGUAUGGGUGAAAAUGUCUACUGUUUAAAUAAUACUCUGUUAUUUAAAAAAAAAAAAACCUUUUCCCCUCACGAUCUGGGGCAGUGUCUGUCUAGGGAAGAGUUGUACUGCAGAUGUAUGAUGCAACGCAUUGUAACAGUAUUGGCCAUGCAAUGAAGAAGUGUGCUAAAGAAAAUAAGGGAAAAUAUGUUCCUAUGUUCUAUUGCUAUAUAAUAUUUUAUUGAAUUAAAAGAUUUGUACUUCCUUGA